AUGCUGCUCCACCUCCUCACUCCCUCCUCCGCGGCCCCGGCCCGGCCAUCUCCGCGGCGGCCGUGCGCCGCGGCUGCGUUCACGGUGCGGUGCGCGUCCUCCUCGGCCGCUUCGCCGUCGUCGUCGUCGUCGGCGGCGGUCGCGGCGGCUGGGCAGCAGGUGGCGAAUGUGCACAGCUACGGGACGGUGGACUUCGAGCGGCGGCCGGCGCUGCGGUGGAGCAGCCUGUACCGGCGUUUGGCAGUGGGAAACGGCGGCCGUCCGGUGGGGCGGAUUCUCGCGGACUGGGACGAGGGCGAGCGCCGUCUUGACAAGUGGGAGCUCUGCCGCAUCGCCAAGGAGCUCCGCAAGUUCCGCCGGUUCAACCUCGCGCUCCAGGUAUAUGAUUGGAUGACUGAGCGCAGGGAUAGAUUUCCGCUAUCAGCGAGUGAUAUGGCAAUCCAGUUGGAUCUGGUUGCAAAAGUACGUGGUGUUCCAGAUGCUGAAGAAUAUUUCGAAAAACUUCCUGAUCCUCUGAAGGACAAGCGAACAUAUGGGUCUCUUCUCAAUGUUUAUGCCCAAGCUAAGAUGAAAGAGAAAACAGAAAACACAUUUGAGCUGAUGAGGAAAAAGGGAUUUGCAACUGACACAUUACCUUUUAAUGUAUUGAUGAAUUUUUAUGUGGAUAUUGAAGAGCCUGAAAAGGCGUCUACAGUUACUGAUGAGAUGAAGAAAAGAAAUGUAGCUUUUGAUGUCUGCACUUACAAUAUUUGGAUAAGGAGUUGUGCAGCUAUGAAAGAUGCCGAUGGAAUGGAACGAGUCUUUAACGAGAUGAUUGCUGAUGAGUCUGUUGUUUCCAAUUGGACUACUUAUACCACACUUGCUAGCAUGCAUAUUAAGUUUGAGAACUUUGAGAAGGCAGAAGAAUGCCUGAAAGAAGCUGAAAAGAGAACAACAGGUAGGGAUAAGAAAUGUUUCCAUUUUCUCAUCACACUCUAUAGCCACCUCCAAAAGAAGGAAGAAGUAUAUCGCAUUUGGAAUCGGUAUAAAGCAACUUUCCACACAAUUCACAACCUAGGUUACCAAGAGGUACUGUCUGCCCUUGUUAGGCUAGGGGAUAUUGAGGGAGCUGAACUUCUGUACGAAGAAUGGGCGUCCAAAAGUUCGAGUUAUGAUCCCAAGACUAUGAACAUUUUAUUGGCAUGGUACUCUAGAGAAGGUUUUGUUGUCAAGGCGGAGCAAACUCUCAACAGAUUUGUUGAGAAAGGUGGGAACCCCAAACCAAACACCUGGGAAAUCCUUGCCACAGCAUACCUGAAGAAUAAUCAACUAUCUGAAGCUCUUUCAUCUAUGGAGAAAGCCGCGGCAGUUACUAGUGCAAGUAAAUGGAGACCAAGACUAACCAAUGUUGAGACUCUCCUGUCAUAUUUCAAGGAUAAGAAUGACACAGAGAGUGCAAACAGGUUAAUGAGUGUACUUGAAAGUAGAGGGUGUGCUGAGAAUGAAGAGUACAAGUCUCUGAUUAACACCUAUGCUUUUGCUGCCGCAUGAUGGUGAACCAACAAUAUGAUCAGUGAAAGGUCCCUGAACAUUUGUAUCACUUGCUUGUAACCUAAAUCUCAUGAUAACCCUUGUAGCUGCGAAUUCAUGUGGUACAGUUCUGUGAGCAGCUAGGCACAUUUCGUGAGCUGUUUCCUGACAAAAUUGGACAGUGAGAUUUUGAAGCAACGACAGCGGGAGGUGGAACAGCUCGGACAAUCGGCGAGGACCACCUGGAAUUUUCUCUUGCCAAUGGAUAUCUAAAUCAGUUUAUCUGAUUACGGAUUGCUCCCAAUAAUGUGAAUUUUUAAAAGGAUGUGCGGGGUCGCUGGAGUCUGGAGGGACUGCAUGAAGGUGGGUGGUCGCAUCGAAGUUCAGAUCAGGAUACAGCACGCACUAAACUAAUGGUCAGAUUCGUUCACAGCUAGGUGACGAGCGAGCAGUGAGCUCAAAAGCCGAAGCUAAAGGAGGGCCAUCUUUCGCUUUACUGAAACGUCACCGACCAUUUCGUUGCUGAACGAAACUUCAGUUUCAGAUUUUCGAGUUGGAGUAAUGAAUCCCGUCGUGGACAACGUGAUCGAGACGUCCUUUUGGCGAUUGCCUAGUAUACAAAAUUGUGGCCGACUGACCACUAUCUAAGCAGACGUGAUCAGCAUUCUCAUCUCAGGAAUUUGGGAAGAGAGAUUAGCUGUGAUUUGUGAAUAUGUGGUUCCACGACCGGCAA